AUGGCUUCACGACUGGCAGCUUGCGAGGCCUGCAGGAAAUCCAAAGUCGCCUGCGAUCACAAACGACCAGCAUGUACAAGAUGUGCAAGUAAUGAAAGGGCAGGGAUCUGCAUCUACCGGACCACCCCGUUCAAGAGGAAAAGAGCCGAGAGUGCGACUCCGUCAGCGCAGCCAUCUCCCAGUCGGGUAUCACCGGCUCAAGCUCCGCCGCUAUUCGCGAGAAAGAAUCCCUAUCCCAACCCGGGGUUUUUAGGAUCAUCAAGCCAUGUCGCGAUCUUCAAUCAGAUAUCACCCGAGACAUAUCAUACCUCGGACAAUGCCCAUGCAUCUGAGCCCGAUAUGGCGACAAUAAUGCACUCACAGGUGGCCGGCGAGAAUCUGUUGAUGAUCCAGGGCGCCGAUGUCCUCAGACAGUUACUCAAUACAUUUCCGCUGGCGGCAAUGAAAGACUUCGUCAUGUUCUGGCUGGAGACUGGCGCCAAUAUGUCUUUGGCAGAGCCGUUUGUCGAGAAAUGCACGGAGAAUAUGACUCGUUUGUUUACAAGCUUCUCGCAGGAAGAUAACUGGCAUUUGGCGUAUGCUCAACGCCUGACGCAAAAUUCUCGGAUGCCGUUGGAAAUCAGAACGACAGCGGACAUAUCAGAUUUCUCAGCUCAGUUCCUUGAUCAAAACUUCCGAUGGGAAAGUCUCGGCAUAUUUCUUUGCGCUGUCAGUCGAGCGACGAUAGCCAUAUCUUUCUUCCCGCCUCUGUACAAAACAGAAAAAGACCAGUUUACGCUUCGGAAACUAUCGACGAGUCUAAGCGAUCUAGCCCUGGAUAUCGCUCUCUCCUUGGAUUGUUUGAACGACUUACAGUUGGUCCUGCAGUACGAGAAUUUUAUCAUUCACACCCACGUUGACGGGGAUCAGAGCUUCCAUUCAUGGAGCAGACUGGGAAACGUCGUUUCCUCCAUGUUCGCACUCGGCUACCAUGAAAACGUCGAAAAAAGCAAACCGCCGAUUCCCAAUUUCUUAGCUGAAUUGAGAAAAACAGCAUGGGCCAUAACUUAUUCUGCUGAUAAGAAUGUGGCCAUAUUCUUAGGUCGACCACCUCGCAUGAGCAAACGAUUCUGUCAUUUUCAAUUACCAUUGAAUCCGCCAGACUCUAUGAUCUCUGCGACCAAUGCCUGGGAUAGACACACCACAUGGAAUGAAGACACUCCAUUCUGCUAUAGAGCGGGGAUCAGAUGGGCUGCAUUAUGCUCAGCACUAAAGGAAGAUGUCCUUGAAUUGCUUCGAGAUAGGCAGCGCGAAAACUUCAACCAGAAAGCCAGUGCUGUUCGCGAGAAGGCUGCCGUACAAUGGGAAAAAUUACCUUCGAAAUUCAAGUUGUCGUCUACGUUGAAAGAGUGCUCUGCUGAUGCGUUCAAACGGGACAUGCUGGCGAGUAUACGUCUAGACCAGCUCCAUGUCAUCUUUCUGCUCCAUUUGUCAUUCAUUGAUUCUCUGACUGAGCCGGAUCCAACCAUAAUUGAUGUGUCUGACCAGAUGCUUGGUCUUGUUAUUGAAACGAUUCUCUUACGGGACCAGUUGGUAUUCUCCGGGACAUCUGUAAUAUGGAAGAUCGCACACUACGGCCUCCCAGCAGCGGGCAUCAUUCUUCUAUCAAUGUUGAAACAAAGCCACACGCUAACCGAGGCGAGAACGUCUCGGUCCAAAACGCUGAUGAACCUUGGCAUCUUCGUUGCCCAAGUUCAAGUCGGAAGUAUGGUUCGACGCGGAGAUCCGAACUAUGCCUUGAUCUCCAAAGCUACACAAACGAUAGAGCGAUUCCUCGAUUCAGUUCACCGCGACGGAGCACAUAUUCCUGCUCCACCACCUUCGCAUCCAGUCGAGAAUGGGGAAUGGGAUACAUUCUUCAGUCAGGAUCUUUGCGAUUUCGAGACUGUCUUCUGGGAUAAUCUUGCGGAUCAUCCUUCGCUAUUGGCAUCGGAUCAUGCUUUGCCUUCAAUAUAG